AUGGCACCAGGAGUUCGAUCACUCCGGCAGCGUGCUGUGACUAAUGAGAACGAUGAGAACGCGGGCACAACACGCUUGACGCGUGCAAAGGCCGCGGGUCUGGGCGCGCACGAGUCUGCCGCCGACGUGCCAAAGAAGGCGCUCCAGAAGACCAAGUCGACAGCAAACCUUGCAGCCAAUGGCGCUGCGAGGAAGCGAAACGCGCUCAUCGAUGUCAGUAAUGUCAGCAAAGCGGAGGCCCCCGGUGCUGGCGCCAAGGACAAGAAGCCUGUAGCCACCAAGGGCGCCCUCUCAAAGGCAGCACAACCCACCAAGGUGCAAAAGAGUUCGCGCGCCAACUCGACGCGUUCCAUUCUGGAACCCAAGGAGAGGAACACUGGCUCGUCGGACCUCAAGAAGCGUCCGGCCAGCGGCAACGGCAUUGGAGGCCAGCCUGCGAAAAAGCGCGUCGCGUCCACAACUACUUCCACCACCACCACUGCCACCGCCACCACCAAGUCCACCAAGGAGGAGGAGGUUGUCGAAGAGGAGGAAGCUGAGAAUGUUGAGCCAAAGGAAAACGUCGCCGAUGCUGAGGAACCAAAGACGAAGAAUACCAAGGUUUCACCCGUGCAGAUCCUCGAGGAGGACUUGAAGCAUCUCACAGAGGAGCAGCCUGCCAACCUCGAUGCUGAGGAUAUUGACGACCCAUUGAUGGUCUCAGAGUACGUCGUCGAGAUUUUUGAGUACUUGAAGGAGUUGGAGAUUGCUACCAUGGCCAACCCUGAUUACAUGGAUAGCCAGAGUGAGCUUGAGUGGAAGAUGCGCGGUAUUCUCGUCGACUGGCUACUCGAAGUGCACACCCGUUUCCGUCUCCUGCCCGAGACCCUCUUCCUUGCCGUCAACAUCAUCGAUCGCUUCCUCUCUGCCAAGAUUGUCCAGCUCGACCGUCUCCAAUUGGUGGGUGUCACCGCCAUGUUCAUCGCCUCCAAGUACGAAGAGGUGCUCUCGCCCCACGUCCAAAACUUCCGCCAUGUCGCCGAUGACGGUUUCACAGAGGAGGAGAUUCUUAGCGCCGAACGCUUUGUCCUCGCUGCCCUCAACUACGAUCUGAGCUACCCCAACCCGAUGAACUUCCUCCGCCGGAUAUCAAAGGCCGACAACUACGACAUCCAGACGCGUACGCUCGGCAAGUACCUUUUGGAGAUUGGAUGCCUCGACCAUCGCUUCCUCGCCCACCCUCCUAGCCAGGUCGCUGCCGCCGCCAUGUACCUUGCGCGUCUCGUUCUCGAGCGUGGCCCAUGGGAUGUCACCCUUGCACACUAUGCUGGCUACACGGAGGAUGAGAUUCAACCCGUUCUGCAGUUGAUGAUUGACUACCUGUCCGGUCCCGUGGUUCACGAGGCCUUCUUUAAGAAGUAUGCUAGCAAGAAGUUUUUGAAGGCAUCCAUUGUCCUGCGCAAGUGGUCCAAGGAGUACGUGGCUACGUAUGGUAAUGCGCUCGAGGAGGGGACUCCUGUCUUGUCGAACCCCAAGAGCCAGCGCUAA